AUGGUUAAAUUUACUCGUUUACCUACCCUUUUAUCCUUGUCCGUGUUGGCUGCAAUCUUCUUGGCUUCUUCAGUUGAAUCUGCAGAUGACGGCACAACACAAUGCAAAUCAUCAGUUAAAACUACCAAUUAUUCUACUUCUUCAACAAAAAGAUACAUUGUUGUCUUAAAAACCGCAGAAGUUGGCAUCAACGCUGUUAAAAAACAUGACGUAUGGUUAAAGAAUUGCUGGAAUAUAAAAACAGACUCGAUUGAUAAAUACUCCACCAAAAGUAAAGCAAAAGAUACAGUCCUUAAAUUCUCUUUGGAUUCUGUUCAAGGCUACUCUGGCAACUUCGCACCUGAAUUCGUCAAAAAGGAACUUAGUAAUCGUGACGAUGUCGAAACUGUCGAAGAAGAUUCUGUUGUAACCACAAGUUAUGUUAUUCCUUCAAACAACCUUUUCAAAAGAACAGUAGUAAAAACCAACCUCCCAAAUUUGGAUCGUAUUGAUCAAUCUAAAUUCCCAGGAGAUGGAUCCUUCACUUUCCCCGAUACUGCUGGUCAAGGUGUAAACGCUUUCAUUGUAGAUACUGGUAUUGAUAUCAAACAUGUUGAAUUCGAAAAACGUGCUAAAAUAGGUGGUAAAUUCUGUGAUGGUAGAGGUUGUGAUACCGAUAAUGAUGAUAAUGGUCACGGCAGUCAUGUUUCUGGUAUAGUCGGUGGAAAAACCGUUGGUGUCGCUAGAAAAGUCUCUCUUAUUGCCGUUAAAGUACUUGAUGCCGAUGGUAGCGGUUCAAACACUGGUGUCAUCGCCGGUUUAAAUUUUGUUCUUGAUCAACACAAAAAAAAUAAAAACAAAAAUUCAGUAGUCAACAUGUCAUUAGGAGGUGGUAAAUCCGAUGCUCUUAAUAAGGUUGUUCAAUCAUUAGUUAAAGCUGGUAUUCACGUAGUGGUAGCUGCUGGUAAUGAAUCUCAAGAUGCUUGUAACACAUCACCUGCCUCCACUCUUGAAGCUGUGACCGUUGCAGCUCUUGAAGAUACACAAGAUAAACUUACCGACUUCUCAAAUGUUGGAAAAUGUACAGAUAUCAUUGCUCCAGGACGUAACAUUAAAUCUGUUGGUGCUAACACCAAAAAUAAGUUUGUUGUUUUCUCUGGAACUUCACAAGCAACUCCACAUGUUGUUGGCACUGUUGCUUUAAUCAUUGCUAAAGAUGGUAAUACAACUCCCGCCGCAAUGGCAAAGAAACUUUCCGAUUUAUCAACAAAGAAUGUAGUCGACAAAGCUACUCUUAGAGGAACUCCAAACAAAGUUUUAAAAGUUCCAGCAGCUUAA